CCGAGUGACGUCGGCGGACUCAUGUCAACAAUGCAGCGGUAGAGAGAAGGCGUUCCAUUCGAGCGUAACAAACAGCGGCAGACUGGGCUGCACUCCGUGCAGGAUCACUUUGAACGAGCGUUUACACGUAUUCGUAGCAGUAAUAACAGAAAGGAAAACCACGGACAUGUUUUUCAGUAGGUGAGGCGGAUCAAAUCGUGUUGUUGCCGCUGGAGAAGUAGUAAAUUGGAGUCACGAGGAUUUAAGGAGACGGCAAAGCGAGUCAUCAUGUGAAAGAACUUGUAUAGGAAACGGAUACGAGCGUUUGCUCGAGAAGAAAAGGAAGAAAACGAUUGUGAGCGGAAUGUCCGUGGAUGAGAAGCCUGAAGCCCCCAUGUAUGUGUAUGAGUCAACAGUUCAUUGUACCAAUAUCCUCCUCUGCCUUAAUGACCAGCGGAAGCAGGAUAUCCUGUGCGAUGUGACUGUCCGAGUGGAGGGCAAGGAAUUUCGUGGGCAUCGGGCCGUCCUGGCGGCCUGCAGCGAGUAUUUCCUCCAGGUGUUGGUGGGCCAGGCAGAGAAUGGCUUCACGGUCAGCCUUCCUGAAGAGGUCACUGCGAGAGGAUUCAUCCCAUUGUUGCAGUUUGCCUACACCGCAAAGCUGUUACUCAGCAAAGAAAACAUUCAAGAGGUCAUCCGCUGUGCCGAAUUCCUGCGCAUGCACAACCUAGAGGAUUCAUGCUUUCGUUUUCUGGAAGCUCAGCUGCGUAGCGAGGACAGCUUGCUGCACUGUCACAAUGUGGCUGCUGGGGGCACCAACUCAGAGUAUGAAAGCAUGCAGUCAGAGGCCGAAAUGCCCUCCUCCCCAAGGACACGACGUGCUGAUGAUCUUGCCACCUUUCAGUGCCCCAAUAAGGAUCGGUUAGCAAUGUCUAUACAGAGUAACUUCACAGACGGCCGAUUGGACAUUGAUCGACGCAGAGGAUCAGACCUGCCACGAUGCCCUAAGUACAGGAAAUACCAGUGGGCUUGCAACAAGCACAAUAACGAUUUCUCUUCAGACACCAGUACCUCAGGUUUUCCGAGCACAAUAAAAGAGAGCAGGAUUAGUGGGGGAGUCCCAGAUCAGGACAGGUUGCCUUUGGCGGAGAUCAAAGUAGAACAACAAACAGUGGAAGAGGCCGUCUCAUUGUGCCUCUCGGGGGAUGAGCAGGACACUCACGAUAAGGAUAGUGGGCUCGCAAUGGAGAUGGAUAAUCCUGUGUCUUCAGAAAUCAUCAAGAGAACCAAGUCGGCAUCCUGCGUCCGAGCCUUAUUCAAAAAAGGAGUGGACCGCUCCAAUCCGCCCAAUACAUCACAGCAGCUAUUUGCCAACAGGCUUGUCUGUCCACAGGACAAAGUUAACUCUCAGGGAGAUCAAGACUUCAGAGCUUUUGCUGGGGAGUUAAGUUUGUCUUUAAUAUCCCCAAAGAACAAUGACAAUUUCACUGCAGGUCUGUCCGUCAAGUCCACGUCCUGCGAUGAAAUCUGCAAACAGGAAGUUGAGCUUGAUCGACGAAGUGUCAUUUUUUCCUCAGGAGCCUGCAAUCGCCUUGGAACCCCAGCACAUUCCUACCCUGGUGGGAAUUCUUUUGAAAUUGAGCUUUCUGAGCACAUACCAAAGGGAAUGUGUCCUGGAGCCAGCCAGUCCCUUCCAACCUCCCAGGCCUAUUCUCCCAGCACCACCUCCACCGAACCCCAACUGCUGUGCCGCCCACGGCCGAACACAAGCUGCCCGGUUCCAAUAAAAGUUUGCCCGCGCUCACCGCCUUGCGAGACACGGACCAGGACAUCCAGCUCCUGUUCGUCAUACUCCUAUGCAGAAGAUGGCAGUGGUGGCUCUCCGUGCAGCCUGCCUCAGUUUGAGUUCUCUUCCUCACCAUGCUCCAACAUGGCCCGCUGCCUUAAUGUCGACCAGCAGGAACACAGUGUCGGGGAUGUUUUUAACCAGGGGCAACCCAAAAUAAAAUGUGAACAGUCAUAUGGCACCAAUUCCAGCGAUGAGUCAGGUUCAUUUUCAGAGGGAGACAGUGAGUCCUGUACAGUACAAGAGCGUGGCCCUGAGGUGAAGCUUCCUUUCCCUGUUGAUCAAAUCAUAAAUCUUCCACGGAAUGACUUCCAAACAUUGGUGAAAAUGCACAAACUGACCUCAGAGCAGCUUGAGUUCAUCCAUGAUGUGAGGCGAAGGAGCAAGAAUCGCAUCGCUGCCCAACGCUGCCGCAAGAGAAAACUUGACUGCAUCUUGAAUCUUGAGUGCGAGAUCAGAAAACUGGUAUGCGAAAAGGAGACGCUGCUUACAGAAAGGAACCAACUGAAGGCUUCUAUGGGAGAACUAUGGGAGAACUUCUCCUGUCUGUCCCAGGAGGUGUGCAGGGAUGUCCAGCUGAGCCCCGAACAGGUUCAGUCAUUGCACCACUACUGCCCGGUCCUCCGACCCAACAUUUCCACUGCCAGCAAUCACGCUGCCUACGAUCCCAGGCCGUGUAACAUCCCCGACACCGCCAACAUGGAUCUGGCUGUCUGUUUGGACUCCUCCGCACCUGAAACAAACAUUCCCGCUUCUCCUGGCCCUUUGGAUAUCAACUCGGUCGGAAACGGGGAAGACAAAGAUACGGACCGCCAAUACAUUGGCUUGUACACAGAUUCAGGGCUGACCGUAGAAAAAUACGCUCAUCAGACAGUGACAGUUGAUUUCUGCCAGGAAAUGACGGAAAAAUGUACAACUGACGAGCAACCACGCAAGGACUCGACUAAUUAAUGGUUUAUAGAUUUUUUUUUUUUACAUUUCAUGUUGUUUCUUUUAUUAUUUAAUUAUACUAAUUUGACAAACCCUCUUGAGAGGGUGGUUGAGAUACCCAGCUUCUGUCAGCAUUCGCUAAAAAAAAAAAAAAAAAAAGAUUUGUAUGUAUUUAUGUUUUUCAUGAUUUCCUUUUUUUUGUGUGAACAGUCGACACUAACGUUGUCUUAAUGGCAGAAAUACUGUUCGCAAAGUAUUCUCAUGUGAGAGGUUCUCACUAAAUCCUUACAACGGUGCUAUCUACGGCCCUGGCAGCAGCUUUUGAGAGUCAGGGUGGCUUCAUGUUCUUGGUGUGUCACCCAUAACACAAAGAGGAACCUCAGUGGACAAAAAAACAACAACUCUUUCUGUUUUUAGCAGUUUAUCAGCAGCUCUUUGCAUUUGUUGGCAUGUUUCCCACCCUUUCUUUCUGCAACUCUGGCUCCAUCGGUCUUCUCUACCUCUCUCUGACUCUGUUCCAUGUGCAUCUUCUCUCGCUUUUUAGCUGUAAGUGAGCCUUUUCAUCUACAGCGAUUCAAAACUCAGGAAAACAAAAAAAAAAGCAACAACAGAAAAAAAACCCAACCUCUGAAUGUUCAAAAUAAGUCAUGCAAGAUAAGGAGAUUUUGUACAUGCGGAUGUUCUCAUGCAAUUAGAUUGUAAAAUGUCGAUGCAAAAAAUGUCUUGUAGUUUUGUACAGGCUGUAAACUGAUCACAUUCCCUUUUUUGCCUUCUUAAGCUCUCAAUGUAAAGUUUGGUUUGGUUUUGUUUUUUUGUUUUUUUUGCUGGCAGAAACAUGUUUUCUCUCUCUAACCAGCGCUACCCAUUGAUUCAGUGUUUGUUUGACAACAUGUAUAUACCGUGAGCAUGAUGACUGUCUCAAUGACUAUUUUUUCUUUCACCAAGGAUACAGAAAGCAUUUUACUGCUGUGGGAAGAUUUUUGAUGUUUGUCAUUUCAUAUACAGUGGUGCCUCUACUUACGAAUGUCUCUUCAUACGAAACUUUCAAGUUAUGAAACGUUUCAACAGGAAAAUAUUGCCUCUUGUUACGAAAGGUAUUUAAAUACAGGAUGGGCUGCGAGUCACAGCCCCGAGUUUCCUGAACGCAACAUACGUAGAGCUGCUCUGCCAUUGGCUACUACCAAGCAUCAUCCUGGCAUCUCAUUGGCUAAAAGGGACUUCCACCGUAUGUGUUUAUGUGUGUAGAUAGAUCGAUAGAUUUGUGUCCAUGCAGCGUCCUCGUCGUUCGCCCCUCAGGCCAAGAGGUGUUUUGAUGGUUUUAACUAAAUGUGAAUCACCCAGAAAAAGUGUUCACCAAUCGGGCGAUCACUCACUAAGCUGAUGUUUGCCUCGGACAUUUCCGAAGGAUUGUUAAAAGUCGACAAAAGCAAACGUCUUUGGAUCAGUUCUUUCCAAAACGGCAGGCAAAAACCACUUCUGAGAGAACAUGAAUAAAGAGGGCAAAAAAUGAUGAGGACGCAUUUAAAAGUGAAAUGACCAUUUUUAUUCUUUACUCUGUUUUUUACAUUAUGCACAACUCUCAUUUAUUGCACAAUAAUCUAAUUGUAACAUGUAUUUGUUACGCAUUUUGAUGCAUUUUUAAGCUUUAGAAAACAUUUGUCUGAAUUUUUGAGGGGCUGGGGGGGGCUUCGAACGGAAUAGGGCAUUUACAUGGAAAACGCGUCUCACCUUAAAAAUUUUCAAGAUCAGAAAUUUCUUCCAGAACCAAUUAAUUUCGUUAGUAGAGGUACCACUGUAGUGGAAUACACCCCCCCACACCCCACCCCCACACCCCUUUCUCACACACACACACACACACACACACACACAUGGCGAGUGCUCUUAAUUCUCAGGAAAUCAAUUUAACAGACGUGCAUACGGAUGGAUUAGACGCAUUUCGUGGCACAAACGAAUCCAAAAUUGAAGCUUCACGUGUCCACACACACACACGGAGUUUCAAUGGUUUCAAUUUGCGUCAAGUCAGCUCUUCCCUAUUACCUCUGUAGUUCAAGUGAAUGAGUUUUUGAGGAAAGCUGUUUUUGUAUUUUCAACGGAUCUCGUUUUUUUUUCUGAACAGUAUUUGAAGAAACCAUCUGCAUAUACUGCGGUUGAUGUGAUUCAUUAGUUUUUUUUUUUGUGGGGGGGGGGUGUUUUAGUACUUCACAUUAUUCUCAAAUGUAUGAAGGAGGUAUCAGGGCCACACAAUCAAUACAAAAUGAAUAAAGUUGUACGUUGACAGAAUAACCUUGUAGUAUAACAAGAUAAAAACUGUAUAUUUUAUCAUAUCUAACUCACAGUAUUAUCAGCAUAACAUAAGCGUGGUGAAGUCCAUGACUGUUGAAGACCUCGGUUAAUUUUGACAUUUUAACUUUCAUGAACAAUAAAAUUGUUUUUGUUUUCAUUCGGUUUCCUCGGUAAACUCCGGUCACUUCAGCGGAUAGUUGAUGUCAUCAGAUUGCAGUUAACAGUGAUACAUAUUUUUUGCGGGGUGCUUUGGAAGAGCUACAUGGACCGAGAUGGCUUUUUUUGGGAGCGGGGGGGGGGCGGAUUGUUUGAUCACCAGUCUUUAAUUAAUUACAACUUAAGUCUCUAAAACUCAUGAUCCUACCACCACCUCCCCUCAAAGAAAUAUUCUUUUAUCCUGAUGAUAUUGACAUUCAAUAUACAUCUGCGUGGCCUGAAUACUUGUACAUAUGAAUGAAAUAAACAUCCACUGACCAAAAAAAAAAAAACUAACACGAAGGCAUGUUCACACUUUUUCAUGGUUUCAGAUGAUACCCAUAAAAAGAUGGGGAGGGACACUUAAAUAGGCACCUCAAAACUACCUGUCAAACCUCUUCAUGUCACCUCAUAACAUCAUUCCCAUGAUUUAUUUAUUUAUUUAUUUAUUUUUUAGUAAUUGAAUGAAUGUUUUGUCAAAAAAGGAAAAAAAAGCAUUUAUUGUGCAAAUAUUUGAGCAUCGUAUUUUGAUAUGCGUGCAUUCUGACUCUUGCUGAAACCUACUUAGCAGGUCUAGCACGUCUGCCUCCAAAGUUUUCUUUGGAGCAGCUUGUCUUUAAAAUGACUCGAGAAGAAUUAUUUGAUUUUUUUUUUU